AUGUACUCCAUUAUCGAUCAUUUCAUGUCUUUGUAUCAAAUUCAAAUUUAUAUAUUACAUAAUUAUAUACUCUCUAAAAUGCAAUCACUUUUCGUUAAUUGCCAAAAGUGUCAACAAAGACCAGCCACUAUCAAAUGUACAUAGUGCAGGUAUGGAUAAACCUAUAGACUAUGUUAUUCUUGUGAUUCUCAAGUCCAUAAUAGAACUGGCCUCAUUGAUCAACAACACAAAACUGAAAUCAUUCCAUAUUAAGGUAUCUUCUCUAUCUUGUCAUAGAAAUGUACUUGA